AUGUCCGGCUCAGCAUCAAGAGGCCUGGCGCGCGUCUUGCGCCAGACCAAAAGACCAUCGAUCCCUCGGUCUCAAGCCAGACAGUGCCGGCCACUGCGGCCAUUGAUUGUGCCUGUGCGAAAUUUCUCUGCAACGACCCGGCGACGAGAAGACACCAGCGAACCACACCACAAUGUCAAAUACACGACCGACAUGUACCCGACCCUCAAGCGAGACUCUAGGUUCUCUGAAAUCACGCCGGAGCACAUCCAGUUCUUCAAAUCGACCCUGGGUGACGACGCUGCCAUCAUUGACGGAGUGACCCAUGAUGCUUCGGACGACCUUGAAGCCUUCAACACUGAUUGGAUGAGGAAGUACAGAGGGCAUACCAAGCUGGUUUUGCGACCCAAGAGCACGGAAGAAGUGAGCAAAGUGCUCAAAUACUGCAAUGACAAUAAGUUGGCGGUGGUACCGCAGGGUGGAAACUCGGGUCUGGUUGGAGGCAGCGUGCCGGUCUUUGACGAGAUUGUCAUCUCACUCUCCCGGAUGAACAACAUCCGCAGUUUUGACGACAUCAGCGGCAUUUUGGUCGUUGAUGCAGGCGUUAUUCUGGAAGUCGCCGACAAUUACCUUGCCGAGCAUAACCACCUCUUCCCCCUGGACCUUGGUGCCAAAGGAUCAGCCCAGAUAGGUGGGAAUGUGGCAACCAAUGCUGGCGGCUUGAGGCUACUACGCUACGGCUCCUUACACGGCAACGUCCUUGGGCUUGAAGCAGUGUUACCGGACGGCACUAUUGUGGACGAUCUUGGUACGUUACGGAAAAACAACACAGGCUACGACAUGAAGCAACUCUUCAUCGGAGGAGAAGGGACAAUCGGGAUCAUCACAGGCGUCUCGGUAGUCUGUCCACAGCGGUCCAAAGCAGUUAACGUGGCAUAUUUUGGACUUCCCUCCUUUGAGAAUGUGCAAAAGGCUUACAAAGAAGCGAAAGUCCAGCUCGGAGAGAUCCUAUCCGCCUUUGAACUCAUGGAUGCACGGAGUCAGGGCUUCGUGCACCAAGUUACCGGCAAUAAGAGACCAUUGGAAGGAGAUCACCCGUUCUAUUGUUUGAUUGAAACCAGUGGUUCCAAUACAGAGCAUGACAGCGAGAAGCUCGAAAAGUUCUUGGAAUAUGUCAUGAGUGAAGAGAUCGUCUCGGAUGGCGUUCUGGCCCAAGAUGAGACUCAAGUCAAAUCUCUGUGGGCAUGGCGAGAGGGCAUCACCGAGGCGAUCGGCCACUUUGGCGGAACAUACAAAUACGACCUUUCGAUCCCCAUUCAAGAGCUCUACCAACUCGUGGAAGAUACAAGAGAUAGACUAAACUCGAAAGGCCUGGUAGGUGACGACGACUCUUUCCCAGCAAUUGCCGUGGUCGGCUACGGACAUAUGGGCGACUCGAACCUGCACUUAAACGUGCCCGUGCGGAAAUACACAAAAGAAGUCGAAGAAGCAAUAGAACCGUGGGUAUAUGAGUGGAUCCAAAAACGAAGGGGAAGUAUCAGCGCGGAACACGGCCUCGGGAUCGCGAAAAAGAAAUACAUCGGAUACAGUCGGAGUGAGACCAUGAUCAAGCUGAUGAAGCAGAUAAAGGAGCUCUACGAUCCCAAUGGGAUUAUGAAUCCGUACAAGUAUAUAUAA